ACGCUGUUUCUCAGUUUGGCUCUCCGGACAGUACCCGCCCGCUCACAGACAGCGGCUCACAGCAGUUCCCCUUCAGCAAACGCGCCUUUUUUUAUUUUCUUUCUUCAAAAUGUACCGGCUGCUCUCACACAGGGAGUGGACGGCAGCGCUUCUCUGCGAGUAAAUCUACGUGGGCUUCAAAGGUCAGCUUAUCGUCAAGGGUCGUUCCCGGAUAUUUAUACUGGUUUACGACCUCGACAUUUUCUCCAGAAAUGACCACAGGCACGGUGAAGGUAGAAAGUGUGUGUGAGCUGCUGUGAAUUCAGCAGCAUGGAUCAGUGUGAGGACAGAGAGGAGGGAGUCCCUCCCUCUAAAACCACUCUGUGUGGGGAACAUGAGAGCCAGACCAAAGCUCAGAGGAACCAACCUGAACCUGAACCUGGACCUGAACCUGAACCUGAACCUGAACCCAGCUGUGUGUCCUUGAAGAGCGUCGCCUCAGCUGAACGUGUCAUUGAAUUUAGAGGACAACAACCCUCUGCUGCAGAGAGAUUUGAACCUGAGCCUGAACCCAGCUGUGUGUCCUAUAACAGUGUUGCCUCAAUUGAAUGGCCCGUUAAUUUUAAAGGACAUCAACCAUCUGCUGCAGAGAAAAUCAAGAGCUCGGAUAUUCCUACCGGUCAGGCUGUCCAGCAGGAUAAAACACACCUUGACUCCAUAUUUAUGCUGCUGGAGGAAAACAUCAUCACUUUUGUGAAGAAUGAACUGAGAAAGAUCCAGAAGGUUCUGAGUUUAGAUGACAUAAAGAGACAGGGGACAGUUGAGGAGGUGUCACAGGGUGAGAAUGAGAAGGAGAGAAAGAGCAGCAGUGAGGCAUUUCUGAAGAUCACAGUGUACUUCCUGAGAAUAAUGAAGCUGGAAGACCUGGCUCAACGUCUGGAGAGCAGAUUGCCCAUCAUGUGCCAGAAUAAACUUAAAUCCACCCUGAAGAAGAAGUUCCAGUGUGUGUUUGAGGGCAUCGCUAAAGCAGGAAACCCAACCCUUCUGAAUCAGAUCUACACAGAGCUCUACAUCACAGAGGGAGGGGCUGCAGAGGUCAAUGAUGAACAUGAGGUCAGACAGAUUGAAACAGCAUCCAGGAAACCAGACAGACCAGAAACAACAAUCAGACAAGAAGACAUCUUUAAAGGCUCACCUGGAAGAGAUGAACCAAUCAGAACAGUGCUGACAAAGGGAGUGGCUGGCAUUGGGAAAACAGUCCUAACACAGAAGUUCACUCUGGACUGGGCUGAAGACAAAGCCAACCAGGACAUCCAGUUCAUGUUUCCAUUCACUUUCAGAGAGCUGAAUGUGCUGAAAGAGAAAAAGUUCAGCUUGGUGGAACUUGUUCAUCACUUCUUUACUGAAACCAAAGAAGCAGGAAUCUGCAGCUUUGAAGACUUCCAGGUUGUGUUCAUCUUUGAUGGUCUGGAUGAGUGUCGACUUCCUCUGGACUUCCACAACACUGAGAUCCUGGCUGAUGUUACAAAGUCCACCUCAGUGGAUGUGCUGCUGACAAACCUCAUCAGGGGGAACCUGCUUCCCUCUGCUCGCCUCUGGAUAACCACACGACCUGCAGCAGUCAAUCAGAUCCCUGCUCAGUGCACUGACAUGGUGACAGAGGUCAGAGGGUUCACUGACCCACAGAAGGAGGAGUACUUCAGGAAGAGAUCCAAGAGUAAAGAGCAGGCCAGCAGGAUCAUCUCCCACAUCAAGACAUCACGAAGCCUCCACAUCAUGUGCCACAUCCCAGUCUUCUGCUGGAUCACUGCUACAGUUCUGGAGGAUGAGCUGAAAACCAGAAAAAGAGGAGAGCUGCCCAAGACCCUGACUGAGAUGUACAUCCACUUCCUGGUGGUUCAGGCCAAAGUGAAGAAGGUCAAGUAUGAUGGAGGAGCUGAGACAGAUCCACACUGGAGUCCAGAGAGCAGGAAGAUGAUUGAGUCUCUGGGAAAACUGGCUUUUGAGGAGCUGCAGAAAGGAAACCUGAUCUUCUAUGAAUCAGACCUGACAGAGUGUGGCAUCGAUAUCAGAGCAGCCUCAGUGUACUCAGGAGUGUUCACACAGAUCUUUAAAGAGGAGAGAGGGCUGUACCAGGACAAGGUGUUCUGCUUCAUCCAUCUGAGUGUUCAGGAGUUUCUGGCUGCUCUUCAUGUCCAUCUGACCUUCAUCAACUCUGGAGUCAAUCUGCUGGAAGAACAAACAACCUUUCAGAAGUCUGAAUCAGAAGAAUUUGCAGAGACACGAUUCUACUUGAGUGCUGUGGACAAGGCCUUGCAGAGUCCCAAUGGACAUCUGGACUUGUUUCUCUGCUUCCUUCUUGGUCUGUCACUGAAGGCCAAUCAGACGCUUCUUAAAGGUCUUCUGACAAAGACAGGAAGAAGCUCACAAACCAAUCAGGAAACUGUCCGGUAUAUCAAAGAGAGGAUCAGUGAGAAUCUGUCUGCAGAGAAAAGCAUCAACCUGUUCCACUGUCUGAAUGAACUGAAUGAUUGUUCUCUAGUGGAGGAGAUUCAAAAAUCCCUGAGAUCAGGAAGACUUUCCACAGAUAAACUGUCUCCUGCUCAGUGGUCAGCUCUGGUCUUCAUCUUACUGUCAUCAGAAGAAGAUCUGGAUGUGUUUGACCUGAAGAAAUACUCUGCUUCAGAGGAGGCUCUGCUGAGGCUGCUGCCAGUGGUCAAAGCUUCCAAAAAGGCUCUACUGAAUAUCUGUCACCUUUCAUGGAGAAGCUGUGAGGCACUGUCCUCAGUUCUCAGCUCCCAGUCCUCCAAUCUCAGAGAGCUGGACCUGAGUAACAACAACCUGCAGGAUUCUGGAGGGAAGCUGCUGGCUUCAGGACUCGAGAGUCCACACUGUAAACUGGAAUCUCUCAGUCUGUCAGGCUGUGUGAUUGCAGAACAAGGUUGUAAUUCUCUGGCCUCAGCUCUGCGCUCCAACCCCCUCAAACUGAGAGAGCUGGACCUGCGUUACAAUCAUCCAGGAGACUCAGCAGUGACUCUCCUGUCUUCUGGACUGGAGGAUCCACACUGGAGUCUGGACACUCUCAGGGUGGAGCCUGCUGGAGUCCGAUGGCUGAUCCCAGGUCUGAGGAAGUAUUCCUGUCAACUCACAAUCGACACAAACACAAUACACAGAAACCUCGAACUGUGUGACAACAACAGGAAGGUGACGUAUGUGGAGGAGCUUCAGUCAUAUCCUGAUCAUCCAGACAGAUUUGAUGAGUGGUGUCCUCAGCUGCUGUGUAGAGAUGGUCUGACUGGUCGCUGUUACUGGGAGGUCGAGUGGAGCGGAAAAGUUCACAUAUCAAUGAGUUACAGAAGAAUCCCAAGAAAAGGAGACCGUGAUGAGAGAAAUGACAUUGAAUUUGGAUUUAAUGAUCAGUCCUGGUGUCUCAGCUUAUCUGGACAAGGUUGCUCUGCUUGGCACAAUAACAGGGAAACAUUCGUCUCGUCUUCCUGCUCUGGGUCCGGUAGAGUAGCAGUGUAUGUGGACUGUCCUGCUGGCACUCUGUCCUUCUACAGAGUCUCUUCUGACACUCUGAUCCACCUCCACACCUUCAACACCACAUUCACUGAACCUCUUUAUCCUGGGUUUGGGUUUGUGUUCAGGACUUCAUCAGGGUUUCGAAUCACUCUCGGUUCUUCAGUGUUCCUGUGUUCAGUUUAGUAUAAACAGUGUAAUGUCAGAUGAGACAAACUGUGAUAUCAGUCAGGAGUCACUGAGCCAGCAGAUGAAUUUACAAACUGCUCUGAGUGCAGCCGUUGUUCAUUAAGAUGAUAUGACUACACAUUUCUAGUGUCUAAAGAUGUGAAUUUAGCUUUUGAGAAAUAUUAAGAUUUAAACAUUGUUUUGUUGCUUUUAAUGUUGUAAAGUGUAUGACCCCAUAAGUCUUUGUAUUUACUGACUGACUUAACCCCAGUUAUGAAGAACAAUUUCACAAUGAAACAACAAAAAUAUCUGAAAGAUGAAGAAAGAUGAUUUAAAAGCUUAAGAUUUAAAUCUCACCUUGAACCGUUCCUAUUAUUAUUUUAAACUGAAACAUCAAGAAUAAAUGCUUAAAUGACCAAGAAAUGAAACUUCUACCUCUGCGUCGCGCUGUCUCCGUGUGACAAACUGAUGCAUCAUCGUUUUCAGGCCGUAUGCUGUCAGUCAUACCAGCUCAGACCCACUUUAACAAGCUCUGCAUCAGGUGUUGAAGAACCAGGGCUGACUGGGCUUUGCUGGUUCCUCUGUGGUGUUGCUUUUUCACCCAAACCUCCUCUGGGUUUUAAACACCUCUACUGUUUGUGUGUUGCUCAUUCAGUUUCAGCCUCGACUAUCUGGAAUCUCGUUAGACGAAGACAUUCAUAUGUAAGCUCAGUGUUGGGAGUCUCUUUAAACCCAACAGAUCUGAUGCUGUGACACUGUGUGCUGCUGACUGUCACUGAUCUACUGGUGUGUGUCCACCAGCUGUUUUUGCACAGUAUUGGCCACUUGAUGAACUUUACACCGUGCCACUAUCCUGUAGAAAUGCAGCUUAUUUUUAGAUGAUUUUGUUCAAAAGUCUAUCAAGCCUGUUUGAGUGUUUGCAGAGGCACCAAAAACACACCGUCUGCCCUAAUUUGCAACAAGUAGCCCAGAUAAAUAUGAAGGACAACUUGAGUAACUACCCCAUCAAACAGACGUGAUGCUGCUGAAACACACCGCGUGGCUACAUAUAUGAUGACUGUGGACAUGUGAGAACAAAAGCUUCAUGUACCAUAAGUCUCACUGCUGGUUGCUUGUGGAUUUGUCCAGUAAGUGAAUCUCUGUCACAGGGAGGCCCAUGGUCUCUAAACACAACAAAAAAUGUCUUGUGUAUGUAUUGCUGCCAAAUCCAAAUUUUAAGCAGUUACUUUCCACAGUUAACUCAUUACAGUUGUCUUCUGGGUGAUAGUUUGAGCACUGCUAUAACUAAUGUUUGAUUGGUUUGUCAUUGUUGGUUGUAGUGGGAGAAACUGCAGCUCCUCUACAGAAGUAUUGUGCGUCAGGCCACAGUGACUGCACUGCCAAAUGAAACUGAGUAAAAGCUGGUGGAGAAUUCAUUUAGUUUUGGAUCAUUGUGUUUAAGUUGGAGAUACCUCGUUAGUUUUUCUUCUCAGCUUGAACUUUUCCUCACUUUGGCCAAUUAAUCUGCACUAUAAACACGGUGCACUGAUCCACUGCUGUGACGACAGAGAGGAAAAGGCUGAAUUAUCAGUGAUGAUUUCAAACCUUUUCUUUCUGCCUCCACUGCUCAGCCGUCCCUCACAACCUCAUUCAGUGCAACGCAGUAAGUGAUGUUCAUUCAAAUCUCAUUAUAUGGUGUUUAGAAGCAAUCAACUCAGAAACCUUGAACUGUUUUCAAGAAGUUGUUUCACUCUAAUGUUGGACACAUUUAAAGUGUCUGCAGAGGUGUCAUUUUAUUUAGUUACCAUUAGCAUCAAAUAUUAAAAAAUAGCCUCGAACCUGAACCGCUUCACACCCGCUGCCUGUUUUCUUUUUUAAGUAAUCAGCUUUGAUUUAUUUGUGAUGACGUGAUUCUAACAUUCAUGGUGAUGGAUGAGCAGCAGCUGCAGGUGGUUUUGAAUGCUGAAGUCAGAGCAGGCGCAGAUUUC